AUCAACCAUCGAGCACAAUGGAGAAUCUACCUGGCAAAACGGAACUACAGCGCUUGGAAGAGGAGAGAGAUGCUAUUCAAGUAUGCUUAGCUGUUUGCGAAGCUGCCCGCAUACAUGUCGAUCAAGCUUCCGAGCGCAACAAAGAUCCUCAAACGAGUACUGAGGAUGUCUCCCUCAUCGACGUCGAAAAGUUCAACCCCAAGCCAAAGGACCCAGUGGAGAGGAGGACACUAAGGAGAGCUGCGGAAAUUCCGCAGCAGAUUUGCAAGGAGAUUCGCAUGAGGAGUCAUUCAUUAUGGUAGAAAAGCCCGACGAGGGGGAUCCGGAUAGGGAAUUAUGAGCUCAGUAUCGCUACAGAAGCCGGAUGCACCGCUAUGUAUUAGCCCACUAGUCCAUACAACACAGAGUCACGAAUCGCUGAACCCGGAACCUCCUAUUGACCUGCUCAUCUGUACGUUCGUGCAUGACAAGCCGUGCUUGCCCACCAUCCCUCAAAGAGCUUCAAGCGUGGGUCAGCCCCGGGGGCGAAUGGGUACGAGUGAUUGACGGACUGGCAGCUCGCGCUGACCACCCCUGCCUGUUUUUGGUCAUCCGUUGUUUGCGCAGGCAAAGCGCGCAGGAUGGAGAGUGGGCAAAUCGCCCGUCUCUGUUGGGAUAGCUGACAUCUGU